AUGGCGGACGAACUCGAUUAUCUGCGGCCGGAUUUCGAUCUGAACUCCCUCACCGUGCCCCGCCUGCGCUCUAUCCUCGUCAGUCACGAUGUGUCCUAUCCAGCCUCUGCGAAAAAGGCGCACUUGAUCCGCAUUCUGGAAGAUGAGGUGAUUCCUCAGGCGAGGAAACUUCUGCGCGACCGCGAGAGGGUAAGGAGAACAAGUGCAGGCAUUACGGAUAUGAGUCGAGAGAACUCUGUUACUGGUGACGAAGACGAUCGCGAUUCGAUGCACCCACCACCGACGCCGUCGACAACGGGUACCAGGCGCGGUACCUCGCAACGAAGCGUUCGUGGGUCAACCGUGGAAACGGAUAGAGGUUAUGCCCCGGCUACGCCUGCGACUACGAAGCGCAAGAAUGCUGCACGAUCAGUAGCCAAGCACCCCCGUGCUUCGGACACAGAAACUGGGGACGACGUAAUGGCGACGCCGGUCCCUGCAUUGGGCGCUUCGCCUCGCAAGUCGACUGCCCGCAAGCUUCGACGGAGCUCUGUUCUGCCCUCGACCGAGGUGGACGAUUACACACCGUCUGUCAAGACUGAGCCCAGAGGUGAUAGUGUCUUCACGGAUGAGAACCCCUUCCAAAGCGGCAGUCCUUCAGAGGUUACGAGCAGCCGCCGAACUUCUCACGAUGGAAAGAGGAAGAGUGGUGGACGGCUAUCUACGGAAAGUCCUGCUAUUAGGAGUAGCUUGCGGUCACGAAAGUCAGUUACGCCAUCCGCCGUCAAGCAACAAGACGGUUAUCAUGCGCCCUCAAGGGAGUCAUUCGAUUUUGCGGCCCGCCUUAGACCGACUAAGGAGGAGCCUGAGGAGGAAUCGGAAGAGGAAUCUGAAGAGGAGUCGGAUGAGGAUAGCGAACUGAUUGCUGGCGAGGAAUUUACCCCAGAGGAGCAACUGGCACUUGAGAGUGAACAAUAUGCACCAUUGACCGUGCUACGAAAACGGCCGAAGAAGCAGAGCUCGGUAAGCAUCAUGGCUUCUUGGUUUGUCAUUCUAUCUGUGCUUGGUAGCUUCGGCGCAUGGUGGCGCAAAGAGAAGAUUGAGAUCGGUUACUGCGGUCUGGGGAAGCCCACCUGGUCUCUGGCAGAAACAAAUGUACCAGAAUGGGCUAAUGUUCUCGAGCCUCGCUGCGAGCCUUGCCCGCCUCAUGCGUUCUGCUAUCCGGAUUUUGAAGCUCGCUGUGAGCAUGACUUCAUUCUCAAACCUCAUCCCCUGUCUUUGGGUGGUCUUGUUCCUCUUCCGCCAACCUGUGAACCGGACAGUGAGAAAGCACGUCGUGUCAAAGCUGUUGCGGACAAAGCUGUUGAGGAGCUGCGCGAGCGCAGGGCCAAGUACGAGUGCGGUGAGUUGAAUGAGGAUGGCAAACCUGCUUCUCCCGAGAUUCGGGAGCCGAAGUUGAAGGAAGAGGUUGCGAAGAAGCGGCGCAAGGGUCUCACCGAGAGUGAGUUCGAUGACCUCUGGAAGGGUGCGCUUGGCGAGAUUAUUGAGAAGGACGAAGUCGUGAGCAACUCCAAGCAACCUUCCGCCGUCCUCGUCCUCAGUUCAACCUCAACUGCCCGACUCCCACUCAGAUGCGCCGCCCGCCGUUACGUCCGACUGGCUCUCCUCGCGUAUCGACUCCCUCUUUCACUUCUAGUUCUGACAGCAUGUGCUCUGGCUUAUGCCCGGGCUCGGGUUCGCGCCCGCCGCUCUGAUAUUGCUCGCGUGCCAGAGUUGGUCGCUACAACGCUUGACCGUCUUGCAACGCAGGCUGCGCUGCAUGCCCGUGGCGGUGCCAGAGAGCCGUACAUUCCAAUUGGCCAGCUUCGCGACGAUGUUCUGCGCUCCGAAUUGCACGGGAAGCGGCGCGAGAAGCUGUGGCAUCGUGUCCGACGCGUUGUUGAAGGCAACGCCAAUGUGCGUGCUGCCGUUCGCGAGGGACGUAGCGGCGAUGUCGCCCGCUGCUGGGAAUGGAUUGGCGGCAUUGGCAGUGUUAAUACCCCUGGCGGUGACACCGAGCUUGACACUGGUUCCCGCCGUGACAGUGCUCGGUUUUCCUUGCCUUCGCCCUCGAGCAACGUGGAUGCUGAAAAUCAUCACAUGAUCACCGAGAGCAAGGAUGACCCUGCGACGAGUCCUAGACAGUCCCGCCGUUGGGAUGAGGGCCGACCUAUUUACUAA